GCGGGCUCGAGUUCAGCGGUCCUGGGUGGGGACCGGGAGACGCGCCGGGGCUCCCGCCCUGGGGGAAACCGACAGAGCGGCGAGACCCCGUCGCCGCAGCACCAGCACAGCGGAGCUGUUGGCUGCCCACCCCGGGAUGCCAGGUGCCCCCGUGAUGCCCGCCGCCCGGCCGGCCGCGCUGACCCGGAAGCCGAGACCGAACGGCCACAGGGCGGCGCCCCAGCCGCGUCCGAAUCGUCCGCCGUGGUUGAGGCGCCGCGGCUCCAGGCGGGUCCGGGGUGAGGCCCGCGGCGCCGCGCUCCCAGCACGCACCGCCCGCGCGCCGAGCGGGGCCACCUGGGCCGGAGGGUCUGCGCGGGGGGAAGCCGGGGCUCGCCUGCCCCGCUCCCGAGCCUCCUGCGCGCACGACAGGCAGACGGCCGCACAGGUGGGCGCGGGACCCGCCGCCUGCUCAGACCGGCCACCCCGACUGCGGACUCCGCGGCCCGUGGCGAAACUUCAGGACGUGAGGGAAGAGCGAGGCCCCCUCCUUGGGUGGACGUGUGGCCCUCCCGUUAACAGCAGAACCUGCUUCCCCUAGAGAAGUCUGCAACCCCUUUGUGCUGGCCAGGAAGCAGGAUGAAGCACUACUUCACGGUCAACUUUAGCCAUGAGAGCCAGAAAGCCCUGGAGCUGAGGACAGAGGACGCGAAGGACCGUGACGAGUGGGUGGCGGCCAUCGCUCACGCCAGCUAUCGGGCCCUGGCCACGGAGCACGAAGCGCUGAUGCAGAAGCACCUCCACCUCCUGCAGGUCGUUGAGGCGGAGAAGACAGAGGCCAGGCAGCUGCGGCAGCAGAUCGAGGAUGGGGAGAUUGAGAUCGAGAGGCUGAAGGCAGAGAUCGCGUCCCUGCUCAGGGACAAUGAGCACACCCAGUCCACCCAGACCAUCGCCCCCAACGACGAGGACAGUGACAUCAAGAAAAUUAAGAAGGUGCAGAGCUUCCUGCGGGGCUGGCUGUGCCGGCGCAAGUGGAAGAGCAUCAUCCAGGACUACGUGCGCUCGCCGCACGCCGACAGCAUGCGGAAGCGCAACCAGGUGGUGUUCAGCAUGCUGGAGGCGGAGGCCGAGUACGUGCAGCAGCUCCACAUCCUCGUCAACAACUUCCUGCGCCCGCUGCGCAUGGCCGCCAGCUCCAAGAAGCCGCCCAUCACGCACGACGACGUGAGCAGCAUCUUCCUGAACAGUGAGACCAUCAUGUUUUUGCACCAGAUCUUUUACCAGGGCCUGAAGGCCCGCAUCUCCAGCUGGCCCACACUGGUCCUGGCCGACCUGUUCGACAUCCUGCUGCCCAUGCUCAACAUCUACCAGGAGUUUGUCCGCAACCACCAGUACAGCCUGCAGAUACUGGCCCACUGCAAACAGAACCGCGACUUCGACAAGCUGCUCAAACACUAUGAGGCCAAGCCGGACUGCGAGGAGAGGACGCUGGAGACCUUUCUCACCUACCCCAUGUUCCAGAUCCCCAGGUACAUCCUGACGCUGCACGAGCUGCUGGCCCACACUCCCCACGAGCAUGUGGAGCGCCACAGCCUGGACUACGCCAAGUCCAAGCUGGAGGAGCUGUCCAGGAUAAUGCACGACGAGGUCAGCGAGACAGAGAACAUCCGGAAAAACCUGGCCAUCGAGCGCAUGAUCAUCGAAGGCUGUGAGAUCCUCCUCGACACCAGCCAGACUUUCGUGAGACAAGGUUCCCUCAUCCAGGUGCCCAUGUCCGAAAAGGGCAAGAUCACCAGGGGCCGCCUGGGGUCCCUGUCCCUGAAGAAAGAAGGGGAGCGGCAGUGUUUCCUCUUCUCCAAGCACCUGAUCAUCUGCACCAGGGGCUCUGGUGGGAAGCUCCACCUGACCAAGAAUGGAGUCAUCUCACUCAUUGACUGCACCUUGUUGGAGGACCCUGAAAGCACAGAAGAGGAAGCCAAAGGGUCCAGCCAAGACACGGACCGCUUGGACUUUAAGAUCGGAGUGGAGCCGAAGGAUUCCCCGCCCUUCACAGUGAUCCUUGUGGCCUCGUCCAGACAGGAGAAGGCGGCGUGGACCAGCGACAUCAGCCAGUGUGUGGACAACAUCCGGUGCAAUGGGCUCAUGAUGAACGCGUUCGAGGAGAACUCCAAGGUCACUGUGCCCCAGAUGAUCAAGUCCGACACCUCCUUGUACUGCGAUGACGUGGACAUCCGCUUCAGCAAGACCAUGAACUCCUGCAAAGUGCUGCAGAUCCGGUAUGCCAGCGUGGGGCGGCUGCUGGAGCGGCUGACCGACUUGCGCUUCCUGAGCAUUGACUUCCUCAACACCUUCCUGCACUCCUAUCGCGUCUUUGCCACGGCCGCCGUUGUCCUGGACAAGCUCAUCGCCAUCUACAGGAAGCCCAUCAGCGCUAUCCCCGCCAGGUCCCUCGAGCUCUUGUUUGCCAGUGGUCAGAACAACAAGCUUCUGUACGGCGACACCCCCAAGUCCCCGCGCGCCACCCGCAAGUUCUCCUCGCCACCGCCCCUGUCCAUCACCAAGACGUCGUCCCCCAGCCGCCGGCGGAAGCUGUCCCUGAACAUCCCCAUCAUCACGGGCGGCAAGGCGCUGGACCUGGCCACCCUCAGCUGCGGCUCCAACGGCUACACCCCCACGUUCCCGGCCAUGUCGCCCUUCAGCAAGGCCGCGCUGGACACCAGCAAGCUCUACGUGUCCAGCAGCUUUGCCAGCAAGAUUCCAGACGAGGGCGAGAUGGCCCCCGAGAAGCCCGAAGACCCCUCGGCCAUCGGCAAACAGGGCUCGGAAGUCUCGGUGAGGGAGGAGUCGGACGACGAGGCUACCCGCAGCGACGACGGCGACGCCGAGACGCCCCCGACCUGGUCUCCGACGACGCCCAAGGCGCUCAAAAGCAAAAAUUCCUCAGAGUUCCCGCUCUUUUCCUACAACAACGGGGUCGUCAUGACCUCCUGUCGUGAACUGGACAGCAAUCGCAAUGCCCUGUCGGCAGCCUCCGCCUUCGCCAUAGCAACUGCAGGAGCCAACGAGGGCACCCCGAACAAGGAGAAGUACCGGAGGAUGUCCUUGGCCAGCGCAGGGUUUCCCACUGACCAGAGGAACGGAGACAAGGAGUUUGUGAUCCGCAGGGCUGCCACCAACCGUGUGCUGAACGUGCUCCGCCACUGGGUCUCCAAGCACUCUCAGGACUUUGAGACCAACGAGGAGCUCAAAUGCAAAGUGAUCGGCUUCCUGGAGGAGGUUAUGCAUGACCCAGAGCUCCUGACCCAGGAGAGGAAGGCGGCAGCCAACAUCGUCAGGACUCUGACGCAGGAGGACCCAGGAGACAGCCAGGUCACACUGGAGGAGAUCGCGCACAUGGCUGAAGGCGUGAAGGCAGAUCCCUUUGAGAACCACUCUGCCCUGGAGAUCGCGGAACAGCUGACUCUGCUGGACCACCUUGUCUUCAAGAAGAUCCCCUACGAGGAGUUCUUCGGGCAAGGCUGGAUGAAGGUGGACAAGAACGAGCGGACCCCUUACAUCAUGAAAACCACCAGGCACUUCAAUGACAUCAGUAACUUGAUUGCUUCAGAAAUCAUCCGCAAUGAAGAUAUCAAUGCAAGAGUGAGCGCCAUCGAGAAGUGGGUGGCUGUGGCUGACAUAUGCCGCUGCUUACACAACUACAACGCUGUGCUGGAGAUCACCUCGUCCAUGAACCGGAGUGCAAUCUUCCGGCUGAAAAAGACAUGGCUCAAAGUCUCUAAGCAGACAAAAGCUUUGAUUGAUAAGCUCCAAAAGCUUGUGUCAUCAGAGGGCAGAUUUAAGAAUCUGAGAGAAGCUCUGAAAAACUGUGAUCCUCCCUGCGUCCCUUACCUGGGGAUGUACCUCACCGACCUGGCCUUCAUCGAAGAGGGGACGCCCAAUUACACGGAGGACGGCCUGGUCAACUUCUCCAAGAUGAGGAUGAUAUCUCACAUCAUCCGGGAGAUUCGCCAGUUUCAACAAACUGCCUACAAAAUCGAGCACCAAGGGAAGGUGACCCAGUACUUGCUGGACCAGUCCUCCGUGAUGGACGAAGAGAGCCUCUACGAGUCCUCUCUGCGCAUAGAGCCGAAGCUGCCCGCCUGAGGCCGCCGGGGGUCCCGUGGACACCGACAUGCGACGCUGUACAUAGCCGUCCACUUCUCGGGUUUUCUUUAGUGUGUGCUUCUGCGGGAAUAGCAGUCCGCUCUUGUUCUUAGACUCCGUAGCGCCGGAAUACGAAUUUAUGCACCACGGAGACGCUGCCCACCCCUCUGCCCCCUGCCUCCCGCCUCCACAGCCUGUUUCCGUUCAUCGACUGCACCUGUCUGGCCCCCUCGCCCCCACGCCAAUCUCCUUGGACACAGCUGGCCCAGGGGUCGGCCGCCCAGGUACCCUCCGGCAUGACCACAUAGGCCCUCGAGUCUGGCCGUCCGCAGAUCUUCCUGCUGAUGGCAACCCGCUUUCCAAGCCGCUUUUCCAGCCACAGUGCAGCCCUCGACCUCGCCAUCUGCCCUCCCCCAGGUGGAAGGGAGCACUCCACGCGGAGGCCAGCGCGUCGCCCUGUGCUGCAGGGCCAGCACCAGGCAGCAUGAGCAGCCGUCCCCGCGCUGGGCGAGGCCCUGGGACGUCCCAAGGAAAACGGACACGGCACGCCCAGCAUCCCCUACAAGGCAGGGACACUCAAGUCGUCGCGUUUCCUCUUUUAGCCGCCGAACAGCCACUACAAGCUUACGUUGAGAUGCUCAAAGUCUGUAUGCCUUGUGAAUAUAGUACCACACUGUAGAACUAGGAAUCCAAUAACCAAGUGUUUUUACUGCAUAUACUGUAGUCCUGUCUGAACACCUUCUAGCAGGAAUAUGGUACGUAGUGCUUAUUCUGUGAAUAUUGCCACCUAUUUUUUACACUGUACAGUAUAGAAAACACAGGUUAACUCCUAAGUGGCAGGCAUGCUCCACCUCAACCAACAGAUGACUUUUGCUGUGAGCAACACCUGGUGAUACAGGACAACUCGAUUUCAAGUCCUAAACUGUUUCGACUUACAGCUUGUUUGGAAAAAAGAAAUUUCCAUUUUUGUAAAAAUAUAUGUUUCCUGAUUACCUCUUGCUAAUAAAUCUAUUCUAUCUCAGGGUGAA